AUGAAUCCUUCUACAGGGUCAAGAUUCCAACCAGGCCUGGCACCAGAUCCCAGCUGCAUGAGCACCUCAGCCUCACCCAGUAGGUGGGACAGCUCCCAAAGCAGUGCCUCCAGUCUGAGCCAACUUCAACCCAUCAGCCCUACGGGAUCUGGGGCUCAGGAGGCUGUCUGGGCCCCCUUCCCCACAGUCAAUGUGCCAGACUACGCCCACUAUACUCUGGGCACAGUGAUCCUACUGGUGGGGCUCACAGGGAUGCUGGGCAACAUGACUGUCAUCUACACCUUUUGCAGGAGCAGAGGCCUCAGGACACCUGCCAACAUGUUCAUUAUCAACCUCGCCGUCAGCGACUUCCUCAUGUCCUUCACCCAGGCUCCUGUCUUCUUUGCCAGCAGUCUCUACAAGCAGUGGCUCUUUGGGGAGACCGGCUGUGAGUUCUAUGCCUUCUGUGGGGCUCUCUUUGGCAUCACCUCCAUGAUUACCCUGACGGCCAUUGCCCUGGACCGCUACCUGGUGAUCACGCGCCCACUGGCCACCAUCGGGGUGGUAUCCAAGAGGCGGGCGGCACUUGUCCUGCUGGGCGUCUGGCUCUAUGCCCUGGCCUGGAGCCUGCCACCCUUCUUUGGCUGGAGUGCCUACGUGCCGGAGGGGCUGCUGACCUCCUGCUCCUGGGACUACAUGCGCUUCACGCCAUCCUUCCGUGCCUACACCAUGCUGCUCUUCUGCUUCGUGUUCUUCCUCCCUCUGCUUGUCAUUGUCUACUGCUACAUCUUCAUCUUCAGAGCCAUCCGGGAGACAGGCCAGGCUCUCCAGACUUUCAGGGCCUGCGAGAGCAGCGGUGAGUUACCCCGCCAACGGCAGCGACUGCAGAAUGAAUGGAAAAUAGCAAAGGUCGUCCUGCUGGCCAUCCUUCUGUUCGUGCUCUCUUGGGCCCCCUACUCCGCUGUGGCCCUGGCGGCCUUCGCUGGGUAUGCACAUGUGCUGACGCCCUACAUGACCUCCGUGCCAGCUGUCAUUGCCAAAGCCUCAGCCAUCCACAACCCCAUCAUUUAUGCCAUCAUCCACCCGAAGUACAGAAUGGCCAUUGCUCAGUACCUGCCCUGCCUGGGGGUGCUGCUGGGCGUGUCAGGCCAGAGUACCCGCCCAUACACCAGUUACCGCUCAACCCACGGUUCCACACUGAGCAGCCAGGCCUCAGACCUCAGCUGGAUCUCCAAGCGGAGGCGCCAGGCAUCCCUGGGCUCUGAAAGAGAGGUGGGCUGGACAGACACUGAAAAGGCACCUGCAUGGGGGGCUGCUCAGCAAGUCAGUAGACAAUCACCCUGCCAUCAGGACCUGGAGGACAUGGAAGCCAAGGCCCCUCAUAAGCCCCAGGGACUGGAAGCAGAAGCUCCUGGGAAGAACAAGGGUCUUCUCCCCAGCCUGGACCCCGGGAAGUAG